UUGAUUGACGACAGAGGUCAGAGCUGAGACCGGCCCGAGGAAUUUUUGUAAAUCUUGAGUUGAAAGGACGAAAUCUUCAUCUUCGAAAUACAUUUUCUUCUAGAUUUAUUUACAUUGUUACAUCGUGAUGUUGCCCCUUUCUCUGUUAAGAACUGCUCAAAACCACCCUAUGCUGGUGGAACUGAAAAAUGGUGAGACAUACAACGGUCAUCUUGUUGCAUGUGAUAACUGGAUGAAUAUCAACCUUAGAGAAGUCAUCUGCACAUCAAGGGAUGGGGACCGGUUCUGGAAGAUGCCAGAGUGUUACAUCAGAGGAAGCACUAUCAAAUAUCUCAGGAUACCAGACGAGGUCAUUGACAUGGUCAAGGAUGACAUCGUAUCUAAAGGUCGCGGCCGAGGAGGUGGUGGUCGAGGAAGGGGUCGUGGUGGAUCUGGCAGGGGAGGAGAAUGUCUCCCUCUACUGUUGGAUUUACUCACACAUGCUGUUACUGCUGUGUCGUCAUAUGAGUGUUGA